UAAGGUUAGCAUCGACAGCUUUUACUCGAUGCCAACAAUGGCGCCGAAGCACAAUAAAGUCCGCCGGGAAAAAUCGAGCUCUUUGAGGGCGUCAGCCACGCCAAGGUGAGCUUUUCAUUGUCCUCUUCGUCUGGAAUUUCCUCGCGUCAUCGCCAGAGCAGCGCUUGGGUGUAUAUAUACUCCGGUGGCCGCAAGUGCGUCUUCAGGCACAUCAGUCAGACACAAUGGUCCGCCGCGGAGCCUCUCUCGCCGUGGCGCUCGCUGCCACACUCUUCGCCACCGCCGCCGCCCUCGCAGCCGACACCCGCCACGGGAUCGGCGUGGUGGGCGUGGGCACGGGCGCGGGGGGCCUCAUAGCGGGCAUCGGAGUCGGGCAUGGGGGCGGCGUCGUCGGAGGCGUGGGCGUUGUGGGCGGCCACGGCGACGUGGCGGGAGGGAGCAAGAGCUGCAGGUACUGGUGCAAGACGCCCCAGAACCAGGCUUACUGCUGCGAGGACGGACACGACCCCGUCUCGCAGCCCUUCGUGAAGCCAGGCAGCUGCCCGCCCGUGCGCCCGCAGUGCCCCCCCGUGCGGUCUGGCUUCCGCCCCCCCAACCAGUGCAGCAACGACUCCCGCUGCCCCGGCCACGAGAAGUGCUGCUACGACACCUGUCUGGAGCACCACACCUGCAAGGCGCCCGGCAGCACCUGGUAGGGACAGCAGCAGUCACCGAGGAAGGCGCGCGAAGACUCUGGAUCAACGUUUCUCAAAAUUAAAUUAAUGCGUUUUUUCUUUUCAGGCAAAAUGUAAAUUACCCCAAGAUGAAUGUCAGCGUAACAGAUGUCGUCAGUGGCAUAAUAGAUGACUUUGGUUGAAUAAAAAAUAUACACAUGCAAGCCUA